AGCGAGAUGUCACGACCCACGUCACAAUUCACGUCAUGGCGUUCGUCACGAUUCAAAUUGACCAAUCGUGUGCGGCUCGGUGGAACAAACCGCCUCCAUUCUAUUUUGGAACGCAUACGAGAUCGCACCCCUGCUCGUAAUAUCGUCGCUCGCCCAACAUGGGCGGCUCUGGCGGGGGUCCCGUUUUUCGAGAUCAAAACGCAACCCGCUGUCGUGGAAUGUUAGCGAUGUGAAUUGUUGAAAACAAUUGUAAUCACAGAGAAAUUAUAUGUUACCUGCGCUGUGAUAAAUAUAAAUGGUGUUCUUUCUUUUUUUUUUAAUUGUUGAAUGGUAUGAAUGCAUUCGUCAAGAAUGCUUGCCUCUUCAUGUUGUGCUCAGGGAACCGUGUUCAGUGUUUGGCCUCAGGGGUGAAUCUCCACAUGGCUGCCAUUGGCUGUUUUCGAGCAGACACUCUUUCAGUGCUAGCAUCAAGGUCCCCUUCAGUUACGGCCCUAACAGGAGGGCGAUGCUCUAGUAAAAUGGCGACGCACACGAUUGUUUACUUUGUCAUGUCAACAGGAACAGCAGCUGUGUGGCGCCUCCGGGCACCCGGAAGGCACCCAGAACAACCUUGCAGGGCUUGUUUUUGAGGUAUUCGCGCACCACUGCACGAUGCACAAGCGAUACGCGUCAUGAAACGGGUGAAACAUCGCGGAGCACAAGCACACAGCUAUCGAGGACCACGAAACUGACGAGACUACCCAUGCCGGUCAACGCACAGCAGCGCACGCUUCCCGAUAACAGCAGAUAACGAAACCUGAAACGUCAUGCAGUGGGCUAAGCUGGCAGUGGGCCGCCGGGAGCGCGCAGAGACAGACGAAGGUGAGGGAGUUAUGAGCGUGGGCGUGCGAAGACCUACGAGGCCAUGCAAGGAAAAUGGAUUUUUGGCUCCGCCCUCCUCAUAGAUGGCACCAAUUACCUCUGCCACCGAAGCCGGGGAGUUUCCCAGGCCGGGUUUAGCGCUCACAAGUCACGAUGGCCGCUCUUAUUGUCGCGCUUUUGGAGUCUCUCGGGCAGCCUCAGCGACGCAUUUUUCUGGACGCAUUUGAUGAGUUGACAGAGGAAGAGUUGCGCAAGCACUUCAGGCUCUCGAAGAGCACUGUGUGGUGGCUCUGCGAACAAUUGGAGGACGCCAUCGGUGGCCUUCGGACCGGUGGCAUCACGACGCAGGACAAGGUGCUUUGUGCUCUCCGUUUCCUCGCAACGGGGAGCUUCCAAAGAUACAUCAGCAGCAAAGAAUUCAUAACCAUGGGGCAGGCCUUCGUGAGCGAGAGCAUUCACGCGGUUGCAGAGGCAAUAACCAUUGUGGGCCAGCGACAGGGCUGGGUGAGCUUCUCGUUGACACUGGCUGGCAACGCUAGCGCAAAGGCGGUUUUUGCGGAUUGCGGCCGCAUUCCCGGUGUAGUGGCCUGUGUCGACAGGACGCUCAUAGCCAUCAAACAGCCUGAAGAACUCAGUCCGGGCAAUACUGCGGGCUUCAUGUCUAGGAAAGGCUUCCACGCAUUGAAUACCAUGAUCGAGACUCAGGCUACCCUCUUGAGCCAUGGCUGCUCACACCUGUGCCAUGCCAUCCAGGCAUUCACACUCCAGAGGGGCGCUACAACUGGGCCUAUGCCUCCAUGAGGGAUGUUGUGGAGAGGGGCAUUGGCGUCUUGAAGGCAAGAUUUCGGUCCCUUCAAGGGUACCGGACCCUCCUUUAUGAGCCUAAGGAUGCAGCCACAAUUGUGGCAGCCUGUGCCACUCUCCACAACAUUGCUUUGAAGGCAGGGCAGUCAGAGCUGCAAGACAGCGAUGAGGAGGCCGAGGACGACCAGCCACCGCAGCAAGGACAAUUGCAACAGGACUUUCCUGUGUCCGAAGGGCCUCACACCUGCCGGAAGGAAACGCCCAGAGAGUUGCUCCCAAGGGCAAAGCAGAAGAGGAGCCACAUAAUGAGCGUCUUCUCUGUGGCCCCUACCUGGCGUAUAACUCAUCUGCGUGCGCUACGUCAUCAGCUCAGGCAGCAACACCAGGUUUGUCGCAUGGCUCAACCAUAAAGUGAGGAGAAAAGAGAUACUGAAAUUCUAUAUUGUGGAAGGAACAGAGAACCAUUGAGUCAUAGAUGCUAUAAGGUUUGUGGAGUUGUUUCUUUAUUCAUCUUUUUUCAGAGGAUUUGUUGCAAUGUGAGUGGUGCUAAAAAUUUAAAUAAAAUGUUGUGCUUGCUGGUAGGGAAAUGUGGAACAAUGUGUGCUGCCAAUUAUUUUUUUUUACCAAACCAUUUUUGUCAAACUUAGCACUUAAAAAAAUCCCCAAUGUUUAUUUUUGAGCACUGGAACCGCACCCGUACCACAGGUUACAUAAUCAAAUUCGGACAGUUUGCACGUCAUAUUUUGGUAGAGUCUGGCCUGGGAAGGCACUCACAUCAUUAUUCUUCUGCUGUUUCAGAUCUCUUGGGGACAAUAGUGGCCCGUACGAUAUGUUCUGGCUUCUGGGAAGCCUGUUUAUUUUCGUUGGCUUGAGGAUGAUUGUGUUGUGGUUCGAAAAGAAGAAAGUUCGCAACUGGGAACGGGACAUUGCCAGAAAUAUGCCAUGUAUGUUGCACAUGUGAGGAUUGAAGCCACCUAGAACAACUUGUUUUAGUAAAAAAAAGGUUAUCUGACACAGUCUUGUUCAUUGUAUAUGCGGUGGCCUUCGUAGCCGCCAUUGCCCCUUUAGUAGCUACCUCAUCAGAAGUAAAUGCUCGUCGUAAGCGAUUUUUUUAUACUUCAACCGAGCCUCCAGUAAGAGACCCAAAACACUCAUCAUCAUCAUCAGCCUGGUUACGCCCACUGCAGGGCAAAGGCCUCUCCCAUACUUCUUCAACUACCUCAGUCAUGUUCUAAUUGUGGCCAUGUUGUACCUGCAAACUUCUUAAUUUUAUCUGCCCACCUAACUUUCUGCCGUCCCCUGCUACGCUUCCCUUCCCUUGGAAUCCAGUCUGGAACCCUUAAUGACCAUCGGUUAUCUUCCCUCCUCAUUACAUGUCCUGCCCAUGCCCAUUUAUUUUUUUUUUUUGAUUUCAACUAAGAUGUCAUUAACUCGUGUUUGUUCCCUCACCCAAUCUGCUCUUUUCUUAUCCCUUAACGUUACACCCAUCAUUCUUCUUUCCAUAGCUCGUUGCGUCGUCCUCAGUUUAAGUAGAACCCUUUUCGUAAGCCUGCAGGUUUCUGCCCCGUACGUGAGUACUGGUAAGACAGCUGUUAUACACUUUUCUCUUGAGAGAUAAUGGGAACCUGCUGUUCAUGAUCUGGGAAUGCCUGCCAAAUGCACCCCAGCCCAUUCUUAUUCUUCUGCCAAAAUACUAACACAUGCUAAAAUGAUUAUUGGGUCCUUCUCAGUCAUACAUAACUACAAGAAUCUCUAAAGCCAUAUUUUUACAGUACAUUGUUGUCAGAUCUGUUAUAUGAACAUGAGUGACACUCCAAAGAUAAAAGUAAAGGGUAUGUUGUGCUAGUAAAAUUGCCCCAAGAAUGGUGACAAUUAGCAUAAUAGGACAGAAGUACACAUUUAAAAGCACUGGUUUCUAGUUAAAAAGAGCAUUAAAUGAUACUGUUGCAUGAACUUAUAUCAAAACCAAGCUGAAUGUUCUUGGUUGAAUGUUGUUCGAAGCCAAGAAUGUUAUAUUUAGGGGUAGGCUUAAAAUAAGUGUUUUGCAUGAUGAAGCAUUGGAAGGAGUUUUCCAAAAGAACAAAUACAGCAUGUAAGACAGCAGUCUGCAGAAUAAAAAGCUAGUUGCACUCUUGUUUCUUUAUUAUAGGGAGCUCCAUGUUCGCAAGGGCAACACACACAGCGGCUACUUUUUUUCUGUGUGGUAUUAAGGUCAGGGGCACUGUGUUGCUUAGAGUAUGAUAUGUCUUCAGCCUCUGAAUCCCUCUCCACGUGUAUGUGAGCUGAUGCAAUUUCAUGUCAUGUCCAUGCCUUCCUAAGAAAUUUGCCUGCCACGUCUAUUAAAAGGCGACAUCAGCAGUACUGCUCCUUUUCCCUCAACUUCUGUCUUAAUCCUAAAGAAGCCCUUGUCGCUUAGCACUACAUCUCCAGGCUUUAGAAGCUCUAAAAAUCCAGAGUCUUGUGUAAUAAAAGAGUCUGUGAGCCACCCAUCAUACAUUUUAGACAUAAGUGCUAUCAUUCUAUUAGGAAUUCUGCCCACCAAAAUCUCGAGUGUGUAAGCCCCUUUGUUAUUAGAAUACAUUACAUGUGGCGGUUCCACUUUAGGGGGCAUUUCUGCUCGAAUUUCAGUGCAGUCUAUUAUAAAAGUACAAUUAGGAUAAUGUUCUUUAAAUGGGAGUGACAGAGAGAGUUUGAUAACAUUUUGUGAAGGCGCAAACACCCAGUCUUCCAAGGCAACUCUAAGGAGGUCCAGUGUUCUCCUGAACACAUUUGAUGCAGUUGUGGUGCUCACAUCAAAUAUUGCAGCAAGAGCACUGAAUGUCACACCAAGUUGAAGUUUAGCUAGAAACAAAGUUUGUCCUCCCGUGUCACAUCCGGGCUUUUGUACCUCGAAUGAGGGAGAAUGUUCAGCAGGAGACUAAACCUGGGAAAUGUAAUGCCACACAAGUCACGCAUAGUGUCCUCAUUGACCUUCACUGAGUUGAAGCCCUCGAAGCUGCAUCUCCAUUUCCAGGUAUAGUCUGUGCCAGUCACCUAAACAAAUUGUAGGAAAUGGUCACUAUAAUGCAAUGAAAAAAUGUACCCAUUGGUCACUAAUAAACUCCUAGGAAGCUCGCAGAACCACUGCUUCUUCUCGUUAUCAUGAUUACAUGAGUAUUCACUAUUAUUUUUCUGGUAUCUGUGUUUUUUCUUAAUAGUAUUGCAUAUGGUGU